AUGAAAUUGAGUCUCCCACUUGCCAAUUAUGAAAUAACUUCAUAUGUAACUGUCACCAGAGAAGGUUGGAAAUUUCCAAAAAGAAGGGUUUUUUCUUCAGUAGUAGUUUCACCUUCAGGUGAAUGGUUUGUGGCAAACGACGAGCUUCAGGCUGUCAUCUGCAGCUUUGAGGCUGGAGACAAGUACCGUUUAGAUGGGACUCUUCUUUUCCGGCAGUAUGGGUUUGACUCAUCAAUGCUAUGCCUGUUAGGGGUUAACGGCACUGUGAGCGAUUUUAAUUCUCCACGGCCCUCGCUGCCAUGCCCGAUUUCACUGAAGAACCUGCAUCUUACCUACGGUAGCGAAAUGGUUCAUGUCUCCUUUUCAUCCUUUGAUGAGGUUGUAUUGGUGUCCUCCAAUUGUUGUAUUGGAUGUGUUCAACCUGAAAAGCAAAGACGUGCUUUUAUGGGCCAUUUUAUUUCUUACGGGAAAUUGAGUGGUGUUGUUUGUUGUGGCAUAGUGCCUAACUCGGCGCUUAUGGUUAUUUUGACAGGGGAAGGCUUGUGUGGAGUUGUAAACUUUCGUGACAGUGCUCUUUUGAGCAUAUCGAGGCAGGGGAUUUUUUCCGAACUAGGUCUUCCAUCUUCUUCCACAGCAAUUUGGGGAGUGAAAGCCGAUACUAUCCGUGUUGUGGUAACCUUUCCACUAAGCCGAAAGGUACAUGUCUUUGUGACUUCAACAUUGCCGGAGGAAAAUGAAGACGAGCAUGAAAAAAGUUCUAUGAAUGUAUCUUUGGAAUCCCCUUUAUGGAACUUGGGCGCCCACUCAUACGUAAGAAACUAUGGAACAUCUUUUGCUGUGGCUUCAGUUUGGCAAAAUUUGGUUCAAUUUUCGGUUUGGCAAGGUACCACAUUAUCUGACGCGGUUUUUCUCGAGAAUGAAAUGAGCGUUCCUUAUGUAUCUGGUUGCUGGGUGGAUGAAGUGUUUGUGGUAACACGCGCAGAUGGCAUGGCGCUUCCUUUCUCUAUCUGUUUGAAUGGGGAAGGGAAGGGUGGGAUUAAUAUUGUAUCAAACAAACAUAUUGACCUGACAUCUUGUUGCAGUGCAAUUUUAUUUGGGCAAUCUAAGUAUUUUAUGUUUUUGACGGUAACAUGUAUGGAAUCAUUGUGCAACGGUAUACCAGAAGCAAUUUUUGUUACUGAUAGUAACAGCCAUAGACGCUUCCUGCAGAUGUGUGAGAAUAAAAUGGAGAAACCCGAUGUUUUUCUAAUUGAUAUUGUACCAUUUGAGAACGGUAUUGCCGUGAUCAAUGUGAAAUGCUCAGGCGAAUGCAUAGCCUUUUUAACAUCUGCUUCUCAGGUCAAAUCACAGUUCUUGGCUUAUGAAGAAAAAACGGAUCAAGUCACUUGUUGUUUACUUUAUAAGCGACAAGAUAUUAUUUUCGUUAUGGGGUAUCAACACGGUGGCAUAAAUGUAUGGCUUUCUGGAGCACCGAAAUGUGUCAUUCCCAUGGUUCACGCAGGGGCUGUGGACAGAAUUAUUCUUUUGCCUGGGGAAAAAGGGCGCUUAGAAGCAGACUUUGUUUCUGUUUGUACGGAACGUGGAACUGUGGUGAUUCAUCACUCCGAAACUUUUGAAUGCACCCGUAUUUUCCAGUCCCCAUGUGGUCCUCUUACCAGUCUUAUAUGGGAUUCACAAACCGAUUAUGUGUAUACAGUUUCUGGGAGUGCUGGGAAUCUUUGGCAUAUACCCACAUGUCGUUUGGAGCGAGUAAUUCAUGAUGUCUCAGCGAUAUCUGAAGGUCCGGAGCGACGAAACCUGCUAACUUCUCCAAAGAUCGGCCCUGUCAUAAUUGACCGAAUUGCCAUUUGUGGAAGAAUUCACUUUUCAUUGAUAGUGAAUGUUCUUCCUCUCAUAGAUACCUUGACUCAACGAGAUGCAUAUGGCGCGCCUCUGGCAUGUCGAUUGGCUUUGUCCAUCCUCUUUUCUGGCUUUAAUUGUUUGGAUUCCAAAAUUCAUGACCUGCUUGGUUUACCCGAAAGAGGGUUCAAUGGAGGCAGUUUUUCCGUCUGUACCGUCUCUGCGGAGCAGUCUGCGAAGUAUCUUCUUGCGGUUGUUCUUCUUACAAAAGCGCUUAAACCUUCUACAGGGUUAAAGUAUUUGAUUUCUACGUCAGAAGUUAAGGCACUGAGUGAUACACUCGUGAGAUCAGGGCUUAUUGAACAGUCACCAAUACCGGAAAGGCUUAUUAUUCAAGCCCUUUCUCUUCUUUUAGAGGUUUCUGAUCCGGCUAAAAAAGCCAUUCGUUUAUGCAUAAAGGCGGCAAGCGAAGAAAUGACGUCGCAACAAUUAAUAAAACUAUUUAAAAAUCUACUCAGCAUGUCGUCAGAAGAGUUAUCGAUCCGUCAUUGGUUCAGCGUUUCAACUAGACUUAGUGAAAUAGAUGUGUGGUGCUAUGGAUUCUUCGUCCGAAUGGCCUUUUUGGGCGACAUGCCGCGUAGCGAUGGAAUUAUUUGGAAAUGCGUUUUAGAGAGCUUUGGAUCCGAUACUUCUCGUUUGGCAGAGGUGUUGAACAUGCAAGGGAAUAAAAAAUGCGUACUUUUGUUGCUUCAGACUCUUAGGGAAUAUUAUCAGGAAUUGUCAAAAACCUUGGUAAUCGAUUCUACACCCGUUGUGGAUGCUGUUGCCACUUUAGCGUUUGAGGGAGAGAAGAACAACGGCGCGCUUGCCAUUAAAACUCUCAUGAGCAUCGCCAGUGUUGAAGGAAAUGAUUUUAUUGAAAGUCGUUUGAAGGGGUGGUACGAACAAAAGCGCUCAUGGAGACCCCGCAUCAUUGCCUUUUUUGGUGCGCUCAUUGAGUUCGCGCCACUCCAAUCGUAUCAUUCCCUUCCAACCAUAAUGGAAUUUCUUCUUCGAGCUCUUGACCCUCACAACCCUAACAAAGAUGAAAGAAAGUCGUGCUUGUUGCCUGUAACACAGGUAGUUCGACGUGCUGUAGAUUAUUUACCGAAUGUUUCUUUUCAGCAGCAUCUGCAAUAUUUGGCUGUUGGCUACAAUGACGGUAUCGUGCGGGUUAUUAACAUGAAAACAACUGGCAUUGUCGCUUCAUUUGUUUCACACCCGGAGAAAAUCUUAUGUGUUGCUUACAGCAGCAACCACUCCGGGCACGACAUUGCAGUCCUGAGUGAAAAAAUGAAAAACAUAAAAAUAUGGCAUGCAAGUCGUCCUGUGGGUUUGAUGGGUAUUAUUUUUGCAGGUCAAAUGCCCGAGUUUCGAUUGAAAUUCGUCGUUGAUAUUCCAGAAAUUGACAGUGCGGAGUCCAGGGAACGUCCAGAUCUCUUUUCGAUGAUAACCAAAUGUAGAUUACGAUGGCUUUCUCCACAUUGUGUAGAGCUGAGUUCUCCAUGGCAUGACAGGAUUCAGUUGACAGUGGAUUAA